GGAUGCCCCACCUUCGCUUCCUUUGUAAAAAAUAUUAGCGUCAGUUUUGUAGACAUGAGGCUAUAUGUGUACGUGUUGGAGGCCAAAGAUUUGCCUGUGAAGGACUCGUAUGUGAAGCUUCGGGUUGGGAAGAAAAAGUCCAAGACUAGGAUUUUGAAGAACACCAUUGUGCCGGUUUGGAAUGAAGAGUUUGUGUUCAGGGUCCAUGGUACGGAUGAGGAGCUUGUGGUGUCUGUUUAUCACCAUGCUGAGGAACCCAAAGUCUUCAGUGGCUCUGGGAACUUAUUGGGUCGAAUUUGGAUACCAUUAUGGUCUGUUGCUGCUGAGAAAAAUCAGACAUUGCCACCCACAUGGUUUCCUCUUGAAAGGCCUAAGACUGGGAAAUUCAUUAAUGAGAAUUGUGGAAAAAUCUUUCUCACCAUUUCUCUUCAUGGAAAAAGCUAUGAAACUUCCACCAACCGCCUCCUUUGUGCACAUUCAAAUAACAACAUCGAGGAGCCUAAAGAAUUGGAGGUUUCAUGCAUAUCAUGUCAGGACAUGUUUAGCUCCAAAGCUCCAAGCCGGAAAAUAGCAGAAGGAAAACAUUUGAUGAAGACUAUUGCUAAUCGUCUGGAGAAGAUAUUCCAUAAGAAUGAAGAAGCCUCGAGAAGUGAUGAUUCUUCGGAGUUAUCCAGUACAUUAUCCGACUAUGAGGAUUGCAUGGAGGAACAUUCCUCUAGCUGUAGCUUUGUAGAGGCUAUUGAGAUGAUGAAGUCAAGAUAUGAUGAACAAGAUAAAAUGCCCGAAAACCUGCAGGGUGGCAUUCUUCUAGAUCAGUUAUACGUAGUAUCAUCCCAAGAUCUUAAUGCCUUUCUUUUUUCCCCUGAUUCGCAGUUCUCAAAAAACUUAGCAGAAGUACAGGGAACAAAAGAUGUGCAAGAGGGACCUUGGAUGUGGAAAUCAGGAGCCACAUCAAAUUUAACGCGAGCUGUUUCCUACACAAAAGCAGCAGCAAAGUUAGUUAAGGCCGUUAAAGCCACAGAGGAGCAAACCUAUAUAAGAGCAGAUGGAAGGGAAUUUGUGGUCUCAGUAAGUGUUAGUACACCUGAUGUUCCAUAUGGAAGUACAUUCAAGGUCGAAUUGCUUUACAAGAUAGUGCCAGGACCAGAGAUAUCUUCAGGAGAAGAAUCGUCCCGUUUAGUAGUGUCCUGGGGCAUUAAAUUCCUUCAAAAGACGAUGAUGAGAGGCAUGAUUGAAGGAGGAGUUCGUCAGGGACUGAAGGAGAGCUUUGACCAAUUUGCCAGCUUGCUCACUCAGAAUUUUAAAACUUUCGAUACUGUGUCCGUAUCCAACAAGGAUGAUGUGCUGGAAACUUUGGGAACAGAACAUCAAUCAGACUGGCAAUUGGCAACAGAAUACUUCUGGAAUCUCACUGUAGUUUCUGCCAUUUUUAUGGCUAUGUAUUUCCUAGUGCAUAUUCUACUCUCUGAGCCCAGCAAUCUCCAAGGCUUGGAAUUUACAGGACUUGAUCUGCCAGACAGCUUAGGAGAGCUUAUCACUAGUGGACUUUUAGUCAUUCAGUUGGAACGAGUCUACAACAUGAUCUCACACUUUGUACAAGCAAGGUUGCAAAGAGGAAGUGAUCAUGGAGUUAAAGCCCAAGGUGAUGGGUGGGUUCUUACCAUUGCUCUAAUCGAAGGGAUCAACUUAGCAUCAUUAGUCUUGACGGAGUUUUCAGAUCCCUAUGUUGUCUUCACCUGCAAUGGGAAAACGAGAACAAGCUCUGUCAAGCUUCAAACUCGUGAUCCUCAGUGGAAUGAGAUACUUGAGUUUGAUGCAAUGGAAGAACCGCCAUCAGUUUUAGAUGUAGAAGUUUUUGAUUUUGAUGGUCCAUUUGACCAGGCCACCUCACUUGGGCAUGCUGAGAUCAAUUUUGUUAAACAACCAUCUACUGAACUUGCAGAUAUGUGGGUCCCCCUAGAGGGAAAGCUUGCUCAGUCUUCUCAGUCGAAAUUACACUUGAGAAUGUUUGUAGACAAUAAUAAAGGAGUUGAAAUGAUUAGGGAGUAUUUGACGAAGAUGGAAAAGGAAGUUGGAAAGAAGUUGAGUCUACGAUCACCUCACAAGAAUUCAACAUUCCAAAAAAUAUUUAUAUUGCCAUCAGAAGAGUUUCUCAUCAGUGACUUUACAUGCCACCUGAAGAGAAAGAUGCCAUUACAGGGCCGGCUCUUUCUUUCCUCAAGAAUUGUUGGGUUUUAUGCCAAUUUGUUUGGACAUAAAACUAAAUUUUUUUUUCUUUGGGAGGAUAUUGAAGAUAUCCAAGUGCUUCCUCCAUCCCUGGCAUCAAUGGGCAGCCCUACACUGGUCAUAGUUCUGCGGAAGGAUCGAGGUCUUGAUGCAAGGCAUGGAGCGAAAUCUCAAGAUGAAGAAGGCGGGCUUAAAUUUUAUUUCCAGUCAUUUGCAUCAUUCAAUGGAGCUAGCAGAACAAUUAUGGCUUUGUGGAGAACAAGAACGUUGACCCCUGAUCAGAAAGCACAGAUUGCCGAAGAGCAGGAGGAUCAAGAUGACACGCCCAUCAUGCUUGAAGAUGCUGGAACCAUUCCGGACGUUGAAGAUGCAAAGUUGUCCAAGGUUUUUACUGCAGAACUUCCCAUCAAUAUAAAAUCAUUGAUGGAAAUCUUUGAUGGAGAAAAGCUGGAGCAUAAAAUUAUGGAAAAAUCAGGUUGUCUAAAUUAUGCAACUACGACUUGGGAGCUUGUGAAGCCUGAUGUUUUCGAACGACAUUUGUCAUACAAGUUCAACCGCCAUGUAUCAGUUUUUGGAGGAGAAGUCACAUGCAGACAACAAAAGUUCCCCAUUGCUAACAAUGAAGGUUGGAUUGUGAAUGAAGUUAUGGCCCUACAUGGUGUCCCCUUUGAUGACCACUUCCAUGUUCAUUUUAGGUACCAAAUGGAGAAAUCUGUUCAUACUGAUUGCUCAUGUAAGUGUGAUGUUUACAUUGGUGUUACCUGGCUGAUAAGCACCAAAUUCCAGCAGCAAAUCACUCGGAACAUAACUGAUAGGUUUGCCCAUCGACUGAAGGAAAUAUUCGAAGUUGUUGAGAGAGAGAUUCUCUUUAGAACUCAACAAGACAGUUCCAUUUGAUAGUUUUGUUUUGUUUUUUGUUUUGUUUUUUCUAAGCUAAGCAUAUUUCCUCAAAUGUUUCUAUUGUAUGAAAAGUAGCUGAGAAUUGCAUCUUGAAAAUAUUGUCCAGAACAGAACAUGUUCCAAGAAAUUUUCAUGAUUUUCUUGACUUCUUCCUAUAAUAAUCGAUGAGGUGUAUUUAUCAUCUGAAUAAAGCGAAAAUUAGAAGCCGUCUACACAAAA